ACCAGGCCGGCGCCGCCCGCGGAGAGGCCGGGGGCGGCAGUGACCCUGGGCGGGACAGCGUGGGACCAUGGCCGAGGCGGCGCCCACCCCGGAAUGGCUUUUGGGGACGGAUCUGCAACGGGAGGCCCAGGUCCAGUCUGCAGAGAUCUCUCUUCUGGCCAUCUUGGCUGCCGUUCAGGCCGUGGAGAAGAAGAUGGAGGCCCAGGCCGCGCGGCUGCUGACCCUGGAGGGGCGGACGGGCUCGGCCGAGAAGAAGCUGGCCGACUGCGAGAAGACGGCCGUGGAGUUCGGGAACCAGCUGGAGGGCAAGUGGGCCGUGCUGGGGACGCUGCUGCAGGAGUACGGGCUGCUGCAGCGCCGGCUGGAGAACAUGGAGAACCUGCUGAGGAACAGGAACUUCUGGAUCCUGCGGCUGCCCCCCGGCAGCAAGGGGGAGACCCCCAGGGUGCCCGUGACCUUCGAUGACGUGGCCGUGUAUUUCUCGGAGCAGGAGUGGGGGAGCCUGGACGAGUGGCAGAAGGAGCUGUACAAGCACGUGAUGCGCGGCAACUACGAGACGCUGGUCUCCCUGGAUUAUGCCAUCUGCAAGCCGGAUAUCCUUGCCCGCAUGGAGAGGGGAGAGCAGCCUUGUCCCGAAGGCCCGUGGGGCCAGGAGGGGAGCGAGAGAGAGGCAGGAGGCCCCCAGGGGCCGGACCCUGGUGAGUGGGGCGCCCUGCGGAACGGCGGGCAGACUGCACCCCGAGGCCAGCCCUGGGGGCUUGUCUUGGAGAAACCCGACAGGGUUUCUGACCAUGGGGUCCGGCCUCACCUUGCCCUGGUCAGGGGGAGCUGGACUGUGCCAGGAAGCGGGGCUUCUGCUCACAGCACUGUAGCGAAGCAGCACUGAUACCAUGCCCUUGGCUCCCCCCACCUCUGCUCCCCGACUUUAACCUGGCAGCGGGGUCAGGCUCCUGUGUGCCUGCGUCUCUGUGGAAAUGGGCACCCCAGAGGAGAGGCAGUGUAGGGGUUCCAGAGUCUGCUGCAUGGCAGACUUCUGUGCUGAGUGAACAGUGAGAGAAGUGCAGUGAACCCCUCAGAUGAUUACCCCACUCGGCAGAUGAUCACCGCCUGCUCUGGUCGCCUUUGCUUCCUCCCUGUCCUCUCCUCUCCUCAGCAGGAGCGCAGUGCGGGGUCCCCCCGGGGGUCGCCGUCUAACACCUGGGCGCAGCUCUGGCUCCCGACAGCCUCGAAAAUGUUUCCAGGUUGCCUGGACCCUAACUUAAUAAGCCAUGCUCAGAUUUUGCUUGGAUAUGGAGCUGUGGCCCCUCGCCACCGCCUGGUGUCUUCAUUCGCGGUGGCCCGAGGAGAGACCCAGGCCCGCCUUGGGCGGCCGUGGCCCCCGGUCGCCGCCUCCACACAGCUGCUGAAAGCCCCUCUCGCCCGUCGGCGCACGCCCCCACCCCCUCUCCCUCAGGGCCUGUGUCCUUUCUUGAUUCUUUUAUGUGUGGAAAGAACAGGCCUGUUGCAAGGGGAGGGAAGUGCAGAGCAGGGCAGAGACGCAGGGGGGAAGGCCGGCCUCCGUUGCACCCCGCUGGGGUGUUGGGCGUGGCCCCGCAGUUCCGAGGAGCCCUCCUGGGCUGUAGCCUGCUGCGGGGUGCACAGGCCCCUGCCCAGUGGUGUCAGGCCGGGUCUGGUCCCCGACCCGUGACGCCAGCACCCCCUUCCCGUAGCAGGCGGCUCCCACAGACGCCCGGCUG